AUGCCCGCGGGCGGAUCUCACUUGCGAAGGCUUAUGAGCUCGACAGCACGGCGGAGUCGGGUCGAUGAAGCCUGGAGUGCGACCAAGGGUUCUUGGAGAAGGACGACCAAUUUCCCGCUCUUCUUCACAAACGAGUGGCGUGAGGAGCGGUGCGAUCUUCGCGAGAAAAUCAGAAAAAGCAAGGCGAAGAAGAAAGCGCUGAAAGCUGCCUCCAAGAGGAAGGAGGCGAUGAAAGGCUAUUUUUAG